AUGAACAACGUAAACUACACUAUAUUCAAUGAAGAAAAGAUGCCUUCAAUUAUGGAGACCGCUUUAGACGGACAAUUUGAAUGGUCAGAUGCACAGAACAUAAAUGCGAGUAGCGGUCAGAUAGGAGAGGUUCAGCUUGGAUAUAUUAUUAGUUUUACCAUUGCUUUCUUUUUAAUUGGGAUCAUUGGCAUCGUUGGUAAUAUACUGGUCAUCUUUGUAAUAUUCAAUGAUAAGAAAAUGAGGAAAUCAUUGACAAACAUGCUCAUUGUAAACCUGGCCGUUGCUGACUCAAUAAUAAUGGUUUUUGGAAUUCCCGAGAUAGUCCAGUUUAUGUUAGACCGUGGAUGGAUACUUGGGGAAGCUAUGUGUAAAAUACAACGAUCUGUACUUGUAAUGUCCCUGUAUGUGUCUGUGUUGACACUUGUAGCAUUAUGUAUAGAAAGAUAUAUCGCUAUCGUCUUUCCACUGAAGGCACAUAUUUUGUGUACCAGACGCCAUACAAUGGUAACUAUGGUGAGCGUUUGGUUUGUCGCGGUUGGCUUUGGAAUACCUACCACCAUCUUCGUGACUGUCGUCCCUGUAGGAAUUAACGCUAGUCUAUGCUUUUGUCGUCUUGUGUUUCCAGAAGCAGAACCAAACAAAGACAUGUUUUUUACGUUUAAGUAUAUGGAAUCUGUCAUCUUUUAUUUCCUGCCAUUACUGAUUCAACUAUUGUGUUACGUUAUAAUUGGAAAACAUUUGUUUCUAAGCGUAGAAGCCUUACAGUCAAAUCUGACAAAUAAGGGACAUGCACGCGAUGACAAUGGUCGAUUAAGAGAAGCAAUUAAAACACGUCGAGGAGUUGUCAAAAUGUUGAUAGCAAGCGUUACAAUCUAUUUUUUAAGUUAUUCGCCGCAUCAAAUUUUACUCAUCUACGAUACUGUUUCAGAAAGACCGUUUAGUGGUACAUGGGUCUUUGUCGUAUUUGUUACUAUCCUGGCAUACGUGAACUCUGCAGCAAAUCCCGUUAUUUACUGCAUAUUUAGCCAAAAUUUUCGAAAGAACUUUGCAACAAUCAUAUUCUGUCGUUAUUACAAACAUAAUGGAAACAGUCAUAACAAUGUGGCUUCUCUUAAUUCUGAGUACACUAUUUUACUACAAAGGCGAUCGACACCAAGAGCACAAUAUGGUGUGAACGCAGUUUAG